AUGCGGUCGUUAGGAAAGGCCACGCUGUGCCUUUUCGUAUUUGCAGGUGUCAUCAUUAGAUCUGAAGCGACAAGACCCCCCGCUCUUGUUACUUCUCUUGAUGUUGGAGAAAAUUGGGAAAUAUCGGUAUUAACCUUAGGCGAUAACGUAGAGGGAUGCUACUUAGACACCCCAAGAGGGGAAACUAUUGAGUUUAAGCCCGUAGAUAAUUCUAAUGACAAAUAUAAACUUGAAGAGGACACUGAUUUCGUCAAAUGUAAAGUAACAGUAAAAAACAUCAACAGCAAUGAUGCGGGGAUCUGGACACUACGUUCUGUAUCAGACAGUGGCUACACUAGAUCUGAAUCUUACGAAGUUACUGUGAACACAGGAGAAACUUCAACGGAAAUUCCAAGCACGUUAAAUAGCGAGAUAAAUGAAGAAUCUUCAAAAGAAGCUUCCACGACAGACGAUGCUGAAACCACAGGGCUACCAAAUGAAACAACUGAAACCACAAUAGAAACUUCAACAGUGCAAAUUGAAGAUGUGACAAUUAUUAACAUGGACCCUGGAUACUUUGUUACGAAAAUCGGUGAAAGUCAUAACCUAAAGAUUCCAGAAUAUGACUUUUUAAAUAGCGAGAAAUGUUACAUUGUUACACCAGACGGUAAACAAUAUGAUGUCGAAAUAUCACAAAUUUAUGGAAUAGAAGUAAUAAAGGAUUACAAUGUGGCAUGCGGAGUUAAAGUCCAUGUUGUAUCUGAACAAAUGAUUGGAGAUUGGACAUUAAUCUCACGAGGUAUCAGAUACAGUACCGAGGUCGUUGAAAGAAGGUUGCCCUUUACAAUAAUUUUAGAAGAAACAGUGAAUGCUUUGCCAAGUGAGAUAACCGUAAAGCAAGGAAAUAAUAUUUACAUACGUUUAGAAGAUUCCACUCCAUUUCAUGAUACUUGUAAACUGAUCGAUCCUUUUAAUAAUAUCCGUACAAACAUAGAAAAAGAUUCGAGAUAUGUUGAUACCUGCGGCUUUAUCGUGAAAAAUGCGAGUGAAAAAGACUCUGGAUUCUGGCAUAUUAAAUAUGGAGAAAGAACAAUCUAUAAAGCGUUUGUUCGAGUGACUGUUAACGCAGGUGAUGACAAAACAGACAUUCAAAGUCAUUAUACAUGGACUCUGGACAGGCCUGUUGAGGAACUGAUGGGUCCAGAAAAUACUGUGUACUGCAGAGUAGUUGAUGCCAAUGGAAACACAGUAUUCGAUGGAUUUGGCAGAUGUAACGUUACCUUAAACAGGGUGACUGUCGAGCACGCGGGAACAUGGAGGAUGUUUGUUGGUUUGGAGGGACGUGUGCUGACUGAUGAACACGUUUUUGAAGUUUCUGUUAGAGAAGCAGCGCCCAAGCCGGUGGUGUCCACGUCUGUAGUCACAGACAAACCCUUAGUCACUCUGACCUGCUCAGUGUCGAGUCCUCAUGCAGUUCGCUCGUGCAAGUUCCGCGACCCGUCCGGUCGUAUCCUACUCGCCAACCCCGGUGUUGGAGAGGAUCGCUACACUUUCCAUGGAAAUGGUGCCAGCCUACAGUCCGGUGUCCAAAAUCACGAGUGUGGUAUUCAAAUCACGAACCCAGUGAUCAGAGACCUUGGCUUAUGGCGCUGUGCAAUGGCGACUGAUGCCGAAACCUACUAUGGCUUUUUAACUGUACUUUGCCCGUGGGCCAUGCAAGACCCUGAAGUAGCCGCUACCGUUGAAUCAGAACCUACUCUGCAAGCAGAGAAUGAAAUGGUGAACGGUUUAGUCGGCGAGACUGUGACCAUGUCUUGUUCAGUACAGUCCGCUAUAAGGUACUGUUACUUCAGAGCAAGUAAUGGAACAACCUUUUCUGUAAGCCCUGGGGAAUCGACUGGAGCCAUCGAGUACGCCGGUGCUGGCUUCGACGCUGGUGAUUGUUCCAUUCGCUUCUCAAGCCUUUCAGUGUCUGACAGUGGUUCUUGGAGCUGCCGUGUUGGAUUUGUCAACCCUUCGGAGGCCGAACAACACGCUUCGUUCGAAGUCUCCAUCCAAGAUACAUUGGUGGUGGAACAGAAAGUGGAAGAUAAUACGUUGAUAAUAACAGGGCGCGUCCACAACGACAGAGCCGUCGAAUACUGCAGAUUUGUGCGCAUCGAUGGAUUAGGUUUUACGACAGAGAAUCUUCCUGAAGGUUAUCGCAGCCACAGCCGCCUGUCGGAGGGCCGAUGCGAAAUUUGGAUCCCUAGCCCCUCUGUACUAGAGCUGCAUCCUUGGAGUGUGGCUGUCCGAAUCCGUGGACAAGGUAUAGAGUUGUCACGGCAGACGCUUCACAGCCUCCAGGAACCUCAGCCGGAGAAUGAAAAUGAAAAGACCAUUUACCGCUUUCCUAUAACUUGGUUAAUGAUUCUCAUCAUCGGUAUGUCGCUCAUCAUGACCGGAAUCCUUGUCGGACCCAAGAAAAACCGGACCUGGACUUACGCGAGAGCGUCAUCCAUCCGAGACAGCUUCCGUCGCAGCUUCAGCAAGAAGAUUAUUGUUGAACAAAGCGUACCUGAGAGAAACACGCCCAUGUCGGCUUAG